AUGGAGCUCGGAGAAAUAUCGAGCGCUCUAGAGGAAAUGAUGAGUACCAAUUACCAAUUGGAAAAACCUAACAUAAACACAGAUACUUCAUCUAUUGACGAGCUCAUGACGCCGAUCGAAGACUUGACAACUACAGUGCGUCAUUUCACCCAUUUCCAUUUGAAAGUCGAGGAAAACUUCAAAGAUAUCCUGGACGUCGAGAAGAGUUUAGAUACGACGAUACCAGCCUCUACCGAAACGACAAUGUCACCAUUCUUGUUGACCGAGAUUCCUCAGAUUUCCGAAAAACCAUUCGAAGUGGUUACCACGCUGGAUGAACUGUUAGCGAGCGUUCCGUCACCAGCCUCUUAUAGGGCACCAACUGUAGAUCCUUUGUCGAUCUUCGAUGAUCUCGAUAACGAAGUUAAGGUAACCGUGGAAGAUAACGUGCCAAGUGUUUCACCAACUACGACUUGUAAAGCGCCAAGUGUUGAUGUGCUGUCCAUAUUCGAUAAUCUCGAUAACCGUGUUAAGGUUUCCGUGGAAAAUGCUGUGAAAGCCCCUAAAAAAAUGUUGAAAAAAUUGUUUGAAAAAAAGAAAACUACAACUACGCAAAGGACAACUACUACCACUGAGAGAGAAAGAAUGCUAUGGACAAAUCAGGACGAGGUGAUGUACCCUCUAGACAUUGAAACUAUAAAGCCUGGUCAGGAGGAAGAAGAAACGGUAACUUGUGUUGAUAACGGAGGUCAGUGCGAUAUGUCACCGAGUACAACUCCAGAAUGUGGAUUAACAGCGAAAGGAAGGAUAGCUCACGACGAUAUCAGGGAUAACGAAACUGAAUAUUAUGUGGAUAUAGUGAUACCCUACGACACGGAUGAGCAACAACAGUAUAUUGAUCGAUUCGAACAAGAAGAACCAUCUUACUAUAAUGUCCUAGAUAAUUCCAGAAGAGUACAGAGGGAAGAUGCGGAUAGAAAGAUAUGGAAAGAGUUCAAAUGGCCCGAACAUAGAAAAUAUCAGGAUUCAACCACAAAUAGAGGAGCCCAAAAUGAGAUGUUGGUAGAGGAGACAGAGGAAGUGUCCAGUUCGGAAUUGGGGCAAUCUGAUUCGGACGACAGGGAGAUUUGGAAGGAAUUUAAAUUCCCAGAACAUAGGAAAUACGAAGGCUCUAUAACAGGGUCUUCGACGACUACAAGGGAAAUUGAAGUGCUCACUGAAGACGGCGGUUCUGCGAUCGAAAAAACUGCCAAAGUUGAAAUUGACGACAGUGCCGAUGAAUUCGAAGGAUCUCUGACUACGACCGAAGAUCAGAUCGAUGCGGAGGACACGGCAGAAGAUAGGGAGAUUUGGAAGGAAUUCAAGUGGCCGGAUCAGAAGAAAUACAAGAGCUUAAACAUCGAAUCGUUGAUAUCGACCGAGAGGGAGCUCGAAGGUAAGACGGCGGACGAGAAUGUUUGGGAGGAAUUCGAAUGGCCCGAAAAUAAGGAACUGGGAUCUUCCACUGAAAAGAGUACGUCAGUCUCGGACUUUGGCAAGAACAUCUGGCGAGAAUUCAAAUGGCCUGAACAUAAAAAGUACGGUGACAAAGUGACGACGGAAAGGGUGGGACAACCUACGAUAAAAGAGAGCCAAGAAUUCGACGAGUACGGAACGAUGAGCUUCGCAGGUCUUGGCACUGAGGUCGCUCCUAAAAACACAGUUGGAGAUUACGAAUCCGAGCUGGGAAUCCCGGAAAUACCUCAACUUUCGGGUAAUUCCGAAUGGUCGCCUCCUGCCUCCAAAGUACCCCCUAAAUUAGGAGGAAACACCCAGGCCGGUCCUACAGAAGGAUCGGUGGAAUGGAGUGAAUUCAAUUCACCAUCCAACAAAACCACACCAAACAAAUAUAAGUACAAAUUCGAUGAUCUACCGGCGAAGAAGAAGAUCACACUGCCGGAAGGUGCAUCGGUCAACACUGCUCCUAUGGACGAAGCUGAAGCUUUCACGGAUAACAUGGAAAAAGCGACCAAAGAGGUUGAAGGGUUUAGGUGGUUGAAAAAAGACAAACUUCCCACUUCGGAAGGACCUCACGUUAUGAAGACCGGCCUGUUGGAAGAGCUUCGUCUGCCCGUUCACGACACGGCCCAUUUGAAGGUUAUCUCACCGUCUACGCCGUGGACUGUUGAAAGUACUACCUACGACAGAUUGGCAAGGAGCACAAGAGGAGAAAUCGGGUUGUGGAACAGGUUCCAAUGGCCAGAACAUAAAAAGUACGUCGAGACUGUAGCAAUCACCGAGAAUGUUCCCCUGAUGGAAACGGCGAUCUGGAAUAGAAUGCAGGAUUCCGCUCAUGUCAGACUCGUCGAGAAAACCACCGAAUCGAACAAAGAGGCCGAAAUUUGGCGAAAAUUCCAGUGGCCUGGUCACAACGAAUACGCCGAAGGAAGAACCACGAGAGCGCCUCUCGUCACGGUGGAAAACAAGGAGAAAUUUGUAGAGGACUCUUCUCAAAUAAUACGGACGGAACCUGUAAAGACGACUCGAAAGAUCGAGACGACGGAAAGCGAAGACGAGGUUCUGCCGCAUUUCGGAGGAGAGAAGAGGCACACGACGAAGAUCAUCGAGAAAUCCUUCAGUCCCGAGGAACUGACCAGUAAAACUUAUAUACUGGAGGGCUCGGACAAGAAGACCACGACAGAUAUAUGGGAAGCCUUCCAGUGGCCUCCACCCCGGACUCCCAAUCCAGAAAAUAGAUCGGAAUCGAUUGUACAAGGUCCAAUGGACGAUUUUAACAAGAUUGAGAAUUUGACAGUCGUCUCCGACACGGAAGGCCAACAAGAUAAACCAGAUUCGUCGUUGGAUCUAUUCGCUUUUCCUCCUCACGACGCUAAAACGGAACAUGACAACAAUCUCACCAUCUUGGAUAUACCGGUACCUCCUUUCCCUCCUCCGGAGGAUUACGAGGAGUAUUCCAUGUUGACGUCGACGGAUUCUUCUUGGUCGUACGACGACGUGAAUCUCUUCUCCGAGCUCAAUUUACUCCACGCGCAAGACAUGAGUUCUACGGGAAGAGAUACCUACGCCGAUUUGAUGGAGUCCUUGAGCUUAUCCCCGGAAGGACUGUUUCCUUCCUCCGAGAGCCCCACAGAGGCCGCCUUGGAGGGUGGUACGACGGAAUCCGAUAAGAAGAUGCCGUUUUGGGACCACGUGAAGAAGAAGAUACAUCGUCCCAAGACCACGACAACCGAAGGUUUUCCUACCAAGCACACCUCACCACCGACAAAAUCCACAACCGUAGGCGAACAUUUAGAGCUCGUCGAAGAUAUAAGUUACAAGAAACACCAUGGACCCAAUACAGAACCAUCCCUUAAUGGCCCUAUCAAGAUACCGCAAGAGAGGACCAUUCACACUCCAGUCAAAGAGAGCGAAGACGAUGACAGUCUGUGGGAUUUCAGAGUCCUCAGCGAAGAAGAGGUGGUCACCUUCCAUUCCAAAACGAAGAAGCCCACCCACAAGAAGACCACCAUAUUCAGUUUCAAACCCAUUGAGACGACCGCCGACGAUUGGGAAGUCUUCAACGAGCCACCCAAGGAAGAAGUGACCAAACCACUAACCGAAUCAACGGUAGCCAAGAAGAAAACCACCUUUUACGUCGUGAUCACGAAACCAACGGAAUCACCAGAGCCGCUCGAAGACGUCGGAGAGAAGGAGAAGCCGUUCAAUUUGGAGCCUCCACCUCCCGUAGCUCCUCCGGGUGCCGUGGAGCAAUCCACGGAAUACUACGACGAGGAGGAAGGAGAAGAGUCUGCCACGCAGGACUACGAAUCGGGUUUGGAGGCUAUAUUGUCCAAACAGGUCGAGAAAACGACCGAGCAGAAACUGGAUACGACAGAGGAAAACCCGGAUGUCACCGUGGGCAAGGUCGAAGACUUCGAAACGGUGACGUUCAGGGUUUCCGAGGUGUUCGUGGAGCGCACGGAACCCACGGAGUCGGAGAUCGGCGAGGGCUCGGAGGAGAACGUGGAGCUGGUGACGUUCAGACCCUUCGAGAGUUACCCGACCGCCUCGAUGACGGCCGUAGGCGAAUCGGUCCAGGAGGUGAUGGAAGAUCUGAGGGAGCGGAACAGGGAGGGUUUCGUCGAUUCGCUGCAGCUGGAGCAGGUCACCUUCAGGAAAUCCCCCGUGGCGGAAGAGAAGGGAUACGCCGAGCGUGUGAUGCUGGACGAGGAGAGUCUGUCUUCGGAAUUGCCCAAGAUCACGCUUCCGGAGAUGGAUAUAAGGAAGGGCGACAAGGAUAACUUGCUGUACGUGCUGACGGAAAGAUCCGAAUCCGACUGGGACCUCGUGACAGGUGGGAAACCUUCGGUUACUGUCUCGGUGGGCGUGGGCGAAGGUACCACCAAGAUCGUCGAGGGCGAUCAGAUCAUGACGGAACCUUACGACCACCGGUCAAUGUCCGUGCCCUUCAACGAGAAACUAGAAGGCGGGGCCGAUAUAAUCAAGGAGAUAAACAAGCCCAACGACCCCAACGAAUCUCCUCCCUUGCCUCCGUUGUCAGACCUGGCCUCCGAUUUUCUCAGGGAACAGUCAAGUUUGGGCAGGAACAGGGAUCCGUAUUCAGUGCUGGAGAGACCGCCGUACUCGGAGAAGGACAUCGCGUUCGAGGACAGAGAACUGACGAGGAAGGAGGAAGAUCAGAAGGCUCCCUUCACGGAGGAGAACGUGGAGGAGGAUUACGCGACCGCGCUGGUGGAGCCCGACCUUCUAGAACCCGGACCAGCGUCCGAGGGCGAGGACUCGUGGAAGAAGUCCAAGCAUCUGCUCGAAACCUCGGAGGGUUACUCCAUGCUGGAGAAGCUGAAGAAAAAGUUGACCAACUAUAGGGCCAAGCCUAUCACGGCCGGUGGAGGAAACGAAGAGGGAGGAAGUCGCGGUAAAGAAUUUCGAGUCAAAGAUAGAACGACUACCGAGAAUGGUUCGUUUGGGAUCAGCGUCACGUAUCCUGAAGCCGUUGAAGCGGUCGUUGCUGUGGAACGCACCACAAAAACCCCCGAAACUCCUGUUUCGAAACACGAAGACCAUUCAACCGAGAAACACCUCAGAACCACACAUAGAACGAAAGAUAAAUUCCUAGAGUUGAUAGACUUGGAGAGUCAGUUGGAAAGAGCCGAAAUGACCGAGAGUCCUAUUGAAGAAGCUUCCACGAUUCCUUACAUGCUGACUCCAAUCCCCGACAUUGUUCACGGAGACAGAACCACUGAACUUUCCUCGUCCGAAAAGCUGUUGUCCGAGGGCAUCGAAGAAUCAUCCGAGACUUCAGACGAAGAAUCUAGUUCUGUCGGUGAACUUUCAACUGAAUUAUUUCCAUCUGGAGAGGAAGUAACUUCUGAGAUGGCUUUGAGUAGUGUAGAGUUGCCCCCUGACAUUGAGGAAAUCAUAAAAUGGGAGCAUGACAUAGAAACAACUGAGGUACUUGGUACUCCAAAGGAAGAAUUAUCGACUUCAGUUGGUACCACUCAUCAUGCAGUUACUCUUACCACGAAAAUAGAGGAACCAACCACACUUGGAGACAUCGAGAAGUUAAUAGAGUUAGAGGGAGCUUUAGAAGAACCUAGCAAGAUCGUAUCGACGAGUCCAGCUCCUGUCGAAAAAGAAUCACUCACAGAAAGUCCAUCAGAAGUUGUGGAAGAGAUUCUGAGAACCUUAGAUGAAUUCGAAAUGUCUCCUGAAGUCUUCACUGAGUCGAGUACAGAAGAAUUUCCGGUUUCUUCCACACAUGGUACUGAUGUUGUCGUCCCCGAAUUGAUAAGUGGGACAGAAGUAACUACGGAGGAAACAGAAGCAGCAACAGAAAGACCUAUACCAGAAUCAACAUCUUUAGAGCCAACGUCAACAUCAUCUGAUAUUGUUGAUGAAAUAUUGAGAACCCUGGAUCAAUUUGAAAUUACUCCUCGACCAAACGCAACUUUGGUGACGGAAAAAUUCCGUUCGACCCAUGGCAUUGAUGAGGUCAACACUGAAGUAGAGUCCGAGGCAGAAGUACCAGAAACAACGAUCGAAAUUGAAUUAUUAACAUCUACAGAACCCUCAGAUAUUGUGGACGAGAUUGUAAGAACACUAGGUCAGUUUGAGCUUACCCCUGAAGAUUACACAGAGUCAACGAAGAAAGAAUUUCAUUCGACACAUCCCGAAGAAGAAAUUAGCGCUGAAGUGACAAUUAAAGAGCACGAAACGACGAGUGAAAUGGAAAUUCUUGAAUUAUCAACGUCCUCAGAAGCACCCUCAUCAACGCCAGAUUUGGUAGAAGAGAUUUUGAGAACUUUAGAUAAGUUUGAGGUGUCCGCCGAAAGCUACACAGAAUCGAUGAAAGAAGAAUCGUUGUCGACACGUAGUGAGGUCAGUGACGAAGAAGUAGUUGGGACAACAGUCACCCUUGGACAAGCAGAAACAACUAGGGAAAUAGAGGUACCGGAUCUACUAACAUCUUUACUAUUUACUGAAGAGGAUCAUAUCCCCACUUCUUCAGUUUCAUCCGUUCAUGCAGUGACUUCGAGUAGGCAUCUGGUGACAUCACAUAAAUUAAAAACGACACCAAAUCUUGCAACUUCUCCUGCUUCGACGACCAGAGUGGAUGAAGAAGAAUUUCUGAUCCCAACCUCUGUUACCGAAAAGAAUACAUACACACAUACUUCUUCCCAACCAGAAAAAGUAAAAACUGUGAAAAAUGAACAACAUAUAGAAAGUGUGAAUGAAGAACAAGACGAAAUAGAAACAAAUUUAGCGCAUUUACCGAAGGAUAGGCAUGAAACUAGUACCAUAUGCGAGAUUUGUGACCAAACUGAGGAGAACGAAGUUUCAACGGUGAUUCAUAGGGAAUUUUCUUCGGAAAAAAUGCUCGAGCAAGCAGAUGAAAAAUACUCGGAAGAAGAAAAAAUAGAAGAGGAAAAAGAAGAAGAACUAACUAGUUUAGUAUCCAUCGUGCAUACCACAGAAAGAACAGCUUCGGUAGAUGAUGGACUCGAAGAAUUCGAUGCCAACUUGAUGCAUUUACCAAAAGAAACUCACGAAACUUCCACGAUAUGUGAGAUAUGCGAUGAAGAAUCUAGCGAAAGACCUGGUCAUUUGGAUGAAAACAACGCGAGAAUAUCGACUAAAAAACCAGAGAAAUUGAAAGAAGUGAAGUUGUACACUUCCAAGCAUGAGACGAUGACAUCUACGUUACCACCCAAAAUUUCACAUAAAGAAGAAUCGGAACAAGAAGAAUUCGAUAGCAACAUGCACCAUCUACCGGAAAAUACCCGACACGAAACCUCCACCAUCUGCGAAAUAUGCAGCGAAGAGGAAAUUGAGCAAUUCUCCACGUCCACUGAGAAGAAUAUUGUUACUUGGAAGUCGCACCAAGUAACGGAAAAAAUCCCACGAACCUCUGCCAGAGUAGAAACUACCUCAGAACUUACCAAGCACGAAAAAUUGGAGCAGGAGGAAUUCGAAAGCAACCUUCAUCAUUUACCCGAAAAUCGCGUGCCUGAAACAUCCACCAUCUGCGAGAUAUGCACCGAGGAAGAAGAAGAAAGCAUAUCUCAGACGCCGUAUCUCUCCAAAAUUACCACAUAUGAACCCUCUGGUCGUGUAAUCAGUGGUGAAGGAGAAACUACACUGGCCCAAACUACUAUUCGAAAAAAUAUUGCAACUGUAGAAUCUUCAAAAACCUCUGUCGGUCUUGACACCACCUCAGAACUGACCAAUCACGAGAAACUGGAACAGGAAGAAUUCGACAGUAACUUUCACCAUUUCCCCGAGCAGAACCUACAUAAAACUUCCACUAUUUGCGAAAUAUGUACGGAGGAGGAAGAAGAAAUAAGUGUUACAGACAUACCUUCGUUUUCGAAGAUAUCAACAACUAAGGCACCUGCUCAUGAGGUUAAGUCCUCUCAGAGCCCCGGAGAAUCGGACAAAGGGUUUGGAUUCAGUGAAGAACUCCCUGAAGGAAUCACCGAAUCUUCUGUAGUAACUGUCAUUGAAGGAAACCUUGAAACAACCAAAGGAUUAACGUAUAAAUUCGAAGGAGAGGAAAUCCAGCAAACCAUGCAAACGACCAACGGAAACGUCUUCAAAAUGGGACAGCACAUUCCAACUCUGGAAGGAGUCACUGGUGUAGAAUCUGGCGUAACUACAGGAUUCCAGACAGAAGGAACAACUGCAAAAUACACAAUCGAAGAAAUAGGUAUAACCGAGGCUCUGACUGAAAUCGAAGAAUCAACUUCCGAAGGGCAUGUUUCUUCUGAACGCCCAGAAUCAACUGCUGAUGAAGGCUUGGAGGCAGCAAAAAAUAUUGAGCAUAAGUUGGAGGAGACCAUCAAGAUACAAGACGAGUUAAAAGCUACCGAGCAUGAGGAAUUAGAAACCACAAUUUCCGUGGAAGAAGAAACGGAAGAAUUGAGAACAACACUAGUGGAAAUAUCUACACAGGGUGAAUUUAGUACUGUGCUCGAUCACAACGAAUCCCACACAAUUCCCACUACAGAAGAGGGCUUGACAGAAACCACCGAAAUGCCUACAGAGACAAAUUUCUAUACAGAAUUCAAAUCAUCAGUAAACAUCGAGCUUUCGUCCUCUGAGGAAAAUUUUUCAACUCAUGAAGUUUCAACGCCAGAGGGUACGACAAAGGAAAUGGUUGAAGUUCUUCAAGAAAUAGAGAGUGUUGGUGAGAAAUCGAGGACGAAAACUGAAGAACCCUACAAAAUAACCACACCUUCAUCGGGUGUGUCUACUGCUUCUUCGCAAAAGGAGCAUACGAUCUUAGAAGUUACAGAGUCUGGAUUAGAGGAUCUGGAAGAGAGGGGAACAACGCAUCUAGCCAGUGACGUUUCCGCUCUAUUAAAAAACAUUGAGGAUAUCCAGGAAGAACUGUUCAUUUCGACACUAGGAAUGAAAGAUUUCACGGAAUCAGUGACUGUAGAAACAUUGUUACAUUCAACUGAAGAAUCCAGCUUAACUGAAUCGGAAGAAAAAACAACUUGGUCAGUAGAAAAAGAAGAAACUGUUCCUAUGGAACAUGGUGGUACCAGUUCUGAGGGAAUAGGAAUGAACGAAACAGUAGGAGGGGCAGAAACCACUCUCGAAUCGAUUAAAUAUGAAUCAGAGGCAGUUUCAUCCCAAAACGUAUCAGAGGAGGCAACCUCAACCGACUUCUACACACAAAUCCCUUCAGAACACUUUGAGUUAAGCACUACUCUCGAGUCCAUUGGGUCAGAGUCAGUAUCAACCUCAAGGCAUAAAGGAACAGAAGAAGAAGGCUCAACAGACUUCUACACAGAAGUUCCUUCAGGUAACUUUGAACUGAGCGUACCUGCAGGAAAAGAAGAGACUACUCUGGAGCCAACUGAAUCAGAAUUGUCUUCAGAGCACAAAGUAUCAGAAGAGGAAGCCUCCACAAAAUCUCAUACGCCUUCAGAACAUUUCGAGUUGAGCACAGCUGCAGAAAAGGAGGACACUACUAUCGAAUACAGUGAGCUAGAGACGGAAUCAACUUCGAAGCAUAAAGGAUUGGAAGAGGAAGCCUCCACAGACUUUUACACAGAUAUUCCUUCAGAAAUUUCGGAGAUCGAAGUUACUGAACAAAAAAUAAAAACCACGCACUCGGCACAGUCAGAAUACAAAUCAUCCUCGACACACACAGAAGGUGAAAUUGCCUCAGAUUUUUACACAGAGAUACCUGUUGUAACCCCCGAAUUGGAAAUCACCAAAGGAAUAGAGGGGACUUCCGUUGAGUCAAUUCAUUUGGAAACAGGGUCAACUUCAAAGCUGGAAGAAUCUGAAGAAGAAUUCACCACGGAAAUAACUUCGAUGAAACCAGGAAUUACCAAAGGUGAAGAAGAAAUAGAGGCUUCUCCUGAAUCGACCCAUUCACAAUUACAAACAAUUUCAGCUACCAAGAAAUCAGAGGAAGAGGAUUUCCUUGAAUUGUCUAGAGAAAUGACAUCAGAAUCUCAACCUGUAGAAAAGCCAGAAAAAGACAUAUCUACAAGCACUCCUUCCUCCGAGGCCAAUAUUCCUGAAGGUGAAGAAUUAACCCAUUCACAAUCCCAAACAAUUUCAACUACCAAGAAAUCAGAGGAGAAGGAUUUCCUUGAAUUGUCUAGAGAAAUGACAUCAGAAUCUCAAUCUGUAGAAAAGCCAGAAGAAGGCAUAUCUACAAGCACUCCUUCCUCCGAGACCAAUAUUCCUGAAGGUAAAGAAUCAACCCAUUCACAAUCACAAACAAUUUCAACUACCAAGAAAUCAGAGGAGAAGGAUUUCCUUGAAUUGUCUAGAGAAAUGACAUCAGAAUCUCAACUUGUAGAAAAGCCAGAAGAAGGCAUAUCUACAAGCACUCCUUCCUCCGAGACCAAUAUUCCUGAAGGUGAAGAAUCAACCCAUUCACAAUCACAAACAAUUUCAACUACCAAGAAAUCAGAAGAGAAGGUUUUCUUUGAAAUGUCUAGAGAAAUGACAUCAGAAUCUCAACCUGUAGAAAAGCCAGAAGAAGGCAUAUCUACAAACACUCCUUCCUCCGAGACCAAUAUUCCUGAAGGUGAAGAAUCAACUCAUUCACAAUCACAAACAAUUUCAACUACCAAGAAAUCAGAGGAGAAGGAUUUCCUUGAAUUGUCUAGAGAAAUGACAUCAGAAUCUCAACCUGUAGAAAAGCCAGAAGAACACAUAUCUACAGGCACUCCUACCUCCGAGACCCAUAUUUCUGAAGGUGAAGAAUCAACUGCGAUACUUUCCAGUGACAUAUUGUUAUCGGAGAAUGUCGAAAAAAAAUUGGAGGAGUUGAAUAAAGCAGUGAAUGAGUUCUUAGUGACGACCCCUAAGAAAGGAUCGAUCGGAGAUUUGGAGGAAAUCAAAGAUCAGAUAACGGAGAAUUUGAUAUUGGAGAAGGAGUUAGAGGAGUUGAAUAAGGAGUUCAAGGAAAUGAUGCAAACGACCUUAUCUGUUGAGGAUCUUAUCGAAGGACUGGAACAAACAUCUCACAGCGUAGUUAAAGGCACUCUGGAAGAGUUUGAAAUAACGACAGAGGCUAUGGAAAAGACUGAAGAGAUCACUGAGGAAACUUAUUCUUCAGAAUCGGCUUCAGGAAGUACUGAACACACGGAAAUCGAAGGAACAACUAUCGUGAGCACAGAAGGUGAGAAAGGUCACGAGGUUGCAAGUACAUCUAUCGAGGUUACAACUUUAGAAGAAAUAAAAGAGAAUAAGACGGAAUUGAGUAGCGUGAGCUCUCCUGGAGAAAAAUUUACCACGCCGAUAUCGUUCUCGGAACUAGAAAUACAACCUUCCUCUGAAGAAAUUGGAGUAAGUGAAGUUACACACAAUGAAACGUCCAAAUUGUUCACUGAAUAUUCUGCAGGGGAGGAUGUGACUGCAACCAUGCAUCGAGAAGUAAUAACUGAAAAAUCUUCGUCUACUGAACAUCAUACAACAAAGGAACAAGAAAUUUCGACGAAUUUCUACACCGAGUUCGUUUCAGAAUCGAUUACGAUGUCAUCUUCUCCCACUGAGGAGUUUGAGGGAAAUGAAAUGACCUCUGUGAGUGAAGAAGUUCAUCAUCCAACUGAACAAACUCUCGCAACAUCGCUUACAUCCAGCGAAUAUGCUCUGACUGAAGGUUUGGAGAAAGAGCUAAGUGAAAUUCCCACACUUCCGUCUACUAAAGAGGAAUUUACAGAGUAUAGCACAGAAAGUCGGGCGUUAGGGGAUAAAAUCGAAGAAUUAAAAAAAGAGUUUGAAGAAAUAAUCAACGUCACUAUAUCUAGUGAAGAGCCUGGCAUGGAGGAAGAGGAAAAAAUCGCCGAAGAAAAUCUAGCAACUGUUUAUGAAGAAGAAAAACCUGAGGAAAUCACAACUCCUUCAGCGAUUCCUGAAUUGGAGCUCACAAGUGUUUCUUCUGAAUCUUUCGAGGGACUUGAUGAAUUUGAAGUGACUACGGUACAUGAAGGACAAAGUGAAAAAGUCCUAUCUGAUAAAAUAGAUACGAAGUUGGAUGAACUGAACGAAAUCAUUGGCGAAAUCUUGAACGCCACAUCUGCGCCCGAAAAGCAUGUGGAGGGAGAGGUUGACCUGGAAGAAUUUACAGAAAGUGACAUACUUGAGAAAGAACUAGAGGAACUGAAUAAGGAAUUCGAAGAAAUUCUGCAAACUACGUUGUCUUCCGAAGAAAUAUUGGAAGGUAUUAGAGAACCAACUGAAACUGUUGGUGAAAAUGAACCUAAACAUAGUACCACAACAUAUACUGGUAUAACACACGUGGCAACUGAGUCCACGAAAGAAGAACUGAAAAUUUCUCUUGGUAAAGAGUCAACAAUGUCCUCCUCAGAGGAGUUAAAUGAAGCAACCCAUAGUAUGGUGCAAGGAACAACAGAGAUAGAAACAACAGUAGAAUCAGAAUCAACUAUAGGUGAUGAAGUAGUAACAGAGAAGGAAAUAUCGGAAGACAUGGAAAGCGGCACAAAUUUUUACACAGCAAUUGCAACUUCUUCAUCAACUGAAACUACAAGAGAAAGGGAGAACAUGGAAGAAAAAAGUACAGAAGUCCUUAUGGCUGAAGAAUCAGCAACAAUAUUUCCAGUUGCUUACGAGAAAUCGGUAACAGACAAACUGGAAAAAAAAUUGGAGGAACUUGACGAAAUCAUCAACGAAUUCUUAACAUCCACGCCUAAGAUAGAGAUAGUGGAAGAAGCCCUCGGAAAUGAAGAACAUAAUACCGAAGAAGAAGACUUUGAAAAAGAACUGGAAGAACUGAAACACGAAUUCCAAUUGAUGUUGAGUACAACUAUUUCCCCUGAUGAUUUAUUGGGAGCUGUUGAGGAUGCCCUGUUUCCAACAACCGAAGGAGCUACAACAUCGGGUGGCUACGAAACAUCAUCUGUGGCUGCCAGUACUGAAGGCGAAAUUGGGACAGAAGAAUUAAGUCAUCCAACAGUGGUUGAAAAUAAUACUGAAACUUCUCACGAAGGAACAAUUGGAGAAGAAGGUAUAAUCCAUACAACGAUGAGUGAAGCUGAAAAACAUGAAGGAACUUCAGAAGGUGCAACAGUAGAAACAACAGAAGGUGAAGGACCUUUGGAAGUAGAAACCACGGGAAGUUAUGAACUUGGGACAGAAGAAUUGAGUCAUACAACAGUGGUUGAAAAUAAUACUGAAACUUCUCAUGAAGAAACAAUUGGAGUAGAAGGUAUAACCCAUACAACGAUGAGUGAAACUGAAAAACCUGAAGGAACUUCGGAAGGUGCAACAGUAGAAAUAACAGCAAGUGAAGGACCUUCGGAAGUAACUCUGGAACGUCAUGAACUUACCACAGUUCUAGGUCAUGAAACAACUGCCCUUCCUUCCACAGAUAGAGGUCCUGGAAGAGAAGAAGAAAGUACUCUCGAAAUCGAAAGACCCACAGAAAUAACACAUCACAUCGAGACGGUAUCUGGAACAGCACAUGUGUCCCAUCCAUCGACUUCGGAAAGUACGGAAUUUCCAGAGAAAAUUUCAACUGAAAAGGCGAGAUCCUCAAGUGAAGGUGGAGGUGGACUAGAAACAUCUGAAGUAACAAUUGUAGAAGUUAAUGAAGGAACAGUUGGCAAAAUUACGGAAACAGAGACUCAGGAGGUGUCACAUUAUGAAAUUCUCUCUGAGGAAAGUGUCCUAACGUCCUUCGCCAGUGAAGUGCAUGAGGAAACUUCAACAUUGUCAGAAGGAAUAUCUACAGAAGCAGAAAUCUCUGGUACAAAAUUCCCUGAGAAGAAAACCAAAGUGACAGAAAGCUUUGGAACUGAAAAAACAGUGAGUUAUUCAAGGCAGAGUGAAAAGGUUGGAUCAACCUCAGAAACAACAACCAGUAAAGGUCACGUCACGGAGGGUUUAUCAAGCAUAUCUUUGCUCACUACUCUGUUGUUGUCUCUAGUCACUUCGACCACGCAAACUCCGGAGAAAAACAAUACCGUGUCAAGUCAGUUCGCGCCAAACAUCUCAGGGCCUCAAAACAUACCCAAAUGUCUGGUGGUGUUCAUCACAGGCGAGAGUCCGCUUCUACCUUUGAACGGGACCAAAUGGGUUCCAUCGGAAUGUCCACGUUUGGGUGAGGAAAGUACUACGUCUCAUGCUCUCGACGUUACGACGUCAGCACAAGAAACAACAUCGAUAUCCACCACUUUAGAAAGUGCCAUAGGUAUUUCUCAAACUCCAUCUGAUAACGAAACUCUGUCCAGUACCACAGAGCUCGUAACGACUACCUUGGUACCUGUCGAAGACCUGCCGGAGAUCAGAACCAAGAAUUACGUCGAGGAUGGAUGUGCUGAGGCGGAUUUCGAAAAUAACAACAAAUGCUUCUGUAUGCUCGAUCUGACGGUCGACCACGUGGCUGUGGUCCUGGAAGGGGGCAACUCUUCGAAGACGAACAACGUGAAAUGCUCAAAGUUCCUGAAGGUGAACCAGGGCCUCGUCAUGAGAAACGACACGAUGGCUGCGUUGAAGAGGUCGCGUAGGAGCUACCUCUACCUCAAGUAUCUGAACAGGCAGAGGAGGGAGACGGUAGAGUAUAACAAAAUCGACGAGGUGCUGGCCAACGAACUGACCGCCACUUGCACCGACACCACGAUAUAUAGCGCCACCGGAGGUACUGCUACCAUACCUUGCGUCUAUAAGGACGAGGUUAUCGAGAGGGAGCACUUUAUGAAGUAUCUUUGGACUGCAGAUGGGGACAAAACGAUCAUCUUUUCGGACAGAAUACGAGAGGCUACAGACGGAGCCCUGAAGAUAGCCGAAGUGGCGGUAGAUGACGGAGGUAACUACACCUGUUCCAUAAACCGUCCCUUUGGCAACACUGACUCGGAGCACAAGCACUACGUACACGAGCUACUCGUCAUCGAGAAGCCGAUAUUCAAGGUCAAAUCGACCGUCAUGUACGUGACCGACGAUACCUGCUCGCUGAAGGAUGGGGACGUGGUGCACGCCUACCUCCCGAAGAUGCUGGAAGACUUGCUCUGCGGCAUCCACAAGAGGGUCUGCAAGGUGGAGAUGGAGCGACCUAGCUGCAUCGAAGAGGAAGGAACAACCUACCUCACUGUGAAGUACGUAGUUACUUUAGACGCUAUAGCGACCUUAGUACCGUCGAUUUCAAGCUCCGAAUGCGACUUUAACUGCCAAAUGAAAGUGAUGGGAUCUUUGGUAUCCCUUCUUAUAAAAAACGUUGAAACUACGAGCGUCCUAGAUGUGAUCUCCGAAAUACAGUCUUUCAACCACACGUUUAAACCGAGAGAGGUCAAGUUUCCGACGGAUCGGUCGGCCGCUGAAGAUGCCUCUCUACUGCCGAAACUGGUGAUCGGGUGUCCCUCUGGUUUCGGCAUCCAGAAGUCCACGAAUAAGAUAUGCGUUGCCUGUCCUAGGAAUACCUACAAUUCCGAGAAUAGCUCCAUUUGUUCGCCUUGUCCCAGGGUCCAUUAUCAGCCUAAAUUAGGAUCUAGUAGUUGCAUAGAAUGCAAAACGCCGUUCGAUGAUAAGGCCUGCGUCGGAAUGAUGUUUGCCAAUAAGACUUUCUUGAUACUCUACGUGGGGUCCAGCAUAGCAAUCGUCUUCUUCCUACUUCUGUGCAUUUUCUGCGCGCAGAAUUCAACACAGGCUGCGUUCGGUGGUACUCAGAAGAAGAAAAGAGCUCAAACGCCCAAGAGACGAAGAAUAGGCAGAAAAGACGUUGAAGAUCCCGCAGAGAAGCCUUUGCUGCCCAAGGAUCCCAGUAUACCGAAGAUUGUGAAAGGGCCCAAAGUACCACCGCCAGAUUUCUGAGCAGAAAGUGGGGCGGAAAUUUGAAAUUUGUAGGAUUUUGUUGUAGGGAUUAUUUUGGAAUUCUGAGGUCCCCCUUCCGAUUUUGAGGAUUUUAUGGAUUAUUCUACUCAUAUGGUAGCUGUAAGAGUGAAAAUGUGUAAUUUAUACUUAGAUCUAUUUUUAUUUUAGAUAUAUUCAGGUUUAUUUUUUUUUUGUAUUUUUUAUAAGUUCGAAUAUAAGCGCUCAUUUUAGAAAA